GAGAGCAUGAAACAGAAGAAGCAGAAAGCAAACUUGCAUUCAGCGAAACAUGAAGACUUUUGAUCUGUGCGUUCUACUAAGCCUUGCAGUCGCAGUUCACUGCGUGCCGAUACUGCAGGAUUCUCAGGAAGAUGAACAGUUUGCAGAGAGCUACCUGAAGAAUCUUCAGUCUCUCUAUGGUCCUGGCAUGGAACCAGUUGAGUCUGGAUCUACGCCUAACAACCCUGAUGCCUGUGAUUCAACACUGGUCCUGGACGCCGUCGCCACCCUGCGAGGAGAAAAGCUCUUCUUCAAAGACAGCUUCAUCUGGCGUACCCACCCUCUGAGAGAUACACCCGAACAAAGUCUCAUCACAGCCUACUGGCCCGAUGCUCCCACCGACAUCGAUGCUGCUUAUGAAAGCCAAGAAUCAGACAGUGUCUUACUCUUCAAAGGUCAGAGAGUGUGGGCUUUCAGUGGCUAUGAUCUUGUAAGUGGAUAUCCCAAAUCAAUUUCCAGUUUUGGUCUGCCUGAAAGUGUAAAGAAAAUCGAUGCAGCACUUUAUGAUGUGGACUCUCGCAAGACUCUGUUCUUUGUCGGCAACGAAUACUACAGUUAUGAUGAAGCCAAAAAGAUGAUGGACCAGGGAUUCCCCAAGCUGGUGCACGACACCUUCUCCGGCAUGACCGGCAGGGUGACCGCAGCUUUCCAGUACAAAGGUCGAUAG